CCCUUCCGUCCUUACUUCUUAUCCAUCCCACUUCGUCUAUGGCAGCCUGAAAUUUUCGAAUUAGUAACACUCUCCGAUUCAUCGUUUAACUAAACUUUUGCUCUUUUCUUCUUCAAAGACCUCUAAUGGCGGUGGAGCUCAUGAGGUUCCCCAAAAUGGAAGAUCAGAAAACGAUUCAAGAAGCUGCGACUCAGGGCUUGAAGAGUAUGGAACACCUAAUCCGAUGUCUCUCUCACAAUCAACAGACAACCCAAAUGGACUGCUCCGACCUUACGGAUGUCACCGUCUCUAAGUUCAGGAAAGUAAUCUCUCUUCUGAACCGGACUGGUCACGCCCGGUUCAGACGUGCGCCGGUUCAUUCAUCUUCUUCUUCUUCGCCGCCUUCGUCUUCUGGUUCGCUCUCGCUUCACCAACCUCAGGUACCUCACACACUGACCUUAGCUCCAGCGCCUAUCGCUUCUCAGACGACUUACGUUUCUCCCACGCCGAUCGUGACACCGGUAACCGUCCAGGCGGCGAGCUUCGUACAAUCUCAGCAGCAGAGCAUGACUCUGGAUUUUACGAAACCGAAUAAUAAUAUCCUUGGCUCGAACGUUCACAAGGCCUCCGUCGCCUCGGCGGAGGUCGAGUUCACAAAGGAUAGCUUCAGCGUUUCGUCAAGCUCGUCGUUCAUGUCGUCGGCGAUUACCGGGGACGGAAGCGUCUCGAACGGAAAGCAAGGGUCGAUCUUCUUGACUCCCGCACCGACUGUCUCCAUUGGUAAACCGCCGCUCUCAACGGCGCCGUUUAAUAAGAGGUGCCACGAUCACGAACACUCCGGUGAUGUCUCGGGUAAGAAAUCGGGAUACGCAUCCGGAUCCGGAAAGUGCCACUGCUCCAAGAGAAGGAAAAAUCGUGUGAGGAAGACAAUUCGAGUCCCGGCGAUUAGUACCAAAGUCGCUGAUAUUCCACAAGACGAGUAUUCAUGGAGGAAGUACGGACAAAAACCCAUCAAGGGCUCUCCUUAUCCCAGAGGUUAUUACAAAUGCAGCACCAUGAGGGGUUGCCCGGCCAGGAAACACGUGGAGAGGGCUCCCGACGAUCCAGCGAUGCUUACCGUAACCUACGAGGGAGAGCACCGUCAUCAGCAACCCGCUUUGCCGGACGCCACGGUGGCCAUGGGUGGUGGGGUCUCUUUGGUAUUCGAGCCUACGCGCGUGUGAUUACCUAGAUUUUUAAUUUUAUAUUUCUUUUCUAAAAUAUUUAAAAGUAGAUGAGAGGGUUGGAUGUAAAUUAGUUAGAUCAUAAUCUGCUAGAUAUAAAUUUUGGCAUUAAAAGAUAGAUAAGAUAUUAUAUUGGGUUUACGUAUUUUGGCUCAUUACUUGUUCGGAUCAUGUAUUUUAAAAAAUUAUUUUUUGGACCAUGUGCUUUCUAAAAUAGUUCAAAUAGACUGCUAAAUUCGACUUUGAUCAAAA